AUGUCGUGCAGCGUUGAGGUCGUCACAACGCCUACGGCCGAUACGCCGGGAACAACGCUCGUGCUACGGACGGCAAGCAAGCACUAUGUUUUCGGCAACCUGGCAGAGGGAACCCAGCGGGCGAUGGUGCAGCAGGGCACACGUCUGCUGAAGGCGCAAGAUUUCUUCAUGACAGGCAGGACAGAGUGGAAGAACAUGGGUGGAUUGAUUGGCAUGAUGCUCACAUUGGCCGACUCGACCACCAGCUCUUACACCACCGCCAUGGACACCUUUCGUCUGGCUCAAGAGCGGGGAAAGAAAGGCGAAGCACCCGCGAAGCCGCACUUCGACAUAUACGGCCCCCCGAAUUUGAAACACACACUGGCAACAUGUCGGAGGUUCAUAUUCAGGAAGGGCAUACCCAUCAAUGCGACCGAGUACGUGAAGCAGUCACCCGAGAAGGACGCAAAUGGUGCUAUAGUUCCGACGUGGGAGGACGACAAUAUCAAAGUUUGGGCUCUCUCAGUAGCGCCUGUCAACUCUGAAGUCGAUGCGCAAGCGGAGGCUGAUUUGGAGGCGCGGCGACGGUAUUUCGACGAACACGAGAAUACAUUUGACGGACUCCAGGCCCCCGAAAAUGAAAGCCCGGAAGACCGCGAGUUAAGGUACGACCGGAUACGAACAGCGACCAUCAAGUACAUGUUCGAUUCGAAUUGGAAGAUGGAUACACUGGCAGAACGCCACAUUUCUGAGGUACAAGUGCCUGCUCAAAUAUUCAUUCGUAACCCCGAUACACACGGCUUCUCGGCCUACCAAGGGCCGAUGCCAGGGGGCAAAGAGCCUCUUCCUGACAUUAAAGUCUGGACCAGGACGCCGUGGCCUGGCGCUAUGAUUCUGGCGCUACCACCGACCAGGCCAGCACCAGAGUGUGUUUCGUACAUCGUGCGGUCGCAUUCAGCUCGUGGUCAAUUCGACGUCGCACGCGCGAAAGCGCUAGGUGUCAAACCAGGACCGGAUUUCGGAAAGCUCACCAAUGGCAUAUCGGUACCGAACGCGGACGGCGAGAUGAUUACCCCAGAUCAGGUCAUGGGCGCUGAUAGGCCCGGUCAGGGUAUCGCCAUCUUGGACAUCCCCUCAGUUGAAUACAUUGAAAGCACUCUUCAACGAGAAGAGCUUAACUCUCCAGAGGUUAUGACUGGCAUUCGAGCUAUCGUUUGGAUGCUUGGUCCAGGCGUCGCAGGUCACCCAGAUCUACUCAAUUUCAUGAACAAGAUCCACAACGUAGAACACGUAAUAUCCUCUCUAGAUACUGCGCCGAAUCGCAUCGCACACGACUCGGUAGCAGGACAAGCUACGCGACUUGGGCAGAUUGAUCCGUCAAGAUAUCGCACACCCGUUUUCGACAACACUACUGUACCGCAGACAAGUAUAUACAGGACUGGCAUGUCGACAGCGUCGCCGUUGCCCUCCGGAGCCAUCCGCGCUGACCGAGGCUUUGGCUUUAAUCUCAUGCCGCAGUUUGCCACAAAGAAAAACACUAUAUCUAGUCUCUUCGUACCCGAUGAAGUGGCACUUACAACGCCGCCUGAGGUUCUCGAAUUGGCUCAAAAGGCUCAAGCGGAGGUCAAAAGCAAAAGCAGAGAGAUGCAGAUAUGGAGUAAGCUACUAGCGCGUCGUGACACCGAGGUAACGACACUUGGAACAGGUUCUGCCCUUCCGUCCAAGUACCGUAACGUAUCUUCCACAUUGGUGCGUGUUCCUGGCAUCGGCAACUACCUCUUAGAUUGCGGGGAGAACACAUUGGGCCAGCUUUCAAGAGUCUUUCCCCACGAGGAGCUUGUCGAUAUCUUCAAGAAUCUGCGUAUGAUCUGGAUCAGUCACUUGCAUGCCGAUCACCACCUAGGCACAGCAUCAGUAAUUCGUGCUUGGUACCAAGUAGCACACAAUGCUGUUCCAAACCCCCAGCCCCUGGACCCUUCCGCGAGCAACAUAGACCCUAGCGCAUACGGUCUUGCUGUCGUAUCCCACAGUGGUAUGCUCCAAUGGCUUAACGAAUACUCAGCCAUCGAAGACUUUGGCUACAGUCGAAUUCUUCCUCUUCAAAUCACUCCCAACGAAUAUCAGAAUGGCUCGAGGUUGUCUAUACUAAACUCGUUCGGAAAGACACUAUCUGAGAACGCGGCCAUACCGAAAAAACAGUAUGAGAAACUGUUUGGUUUCAACGAAAUACAAGCUUCCAGAGUAGCGCAUUGCCACGGUGCCAUGGCUGUUUCGAUUACAUUCCCACGUGACCCAGCAGACCUUGAACAAAUCAAGCCACUCAAGGUCAGCUACUCAGGCGAUUGCAGACCAAGCGGUCACUUCGCCAAGAUCGGAGCAGACACCACAGUCCUCAUCCACGAAGCGACUUUCGACGAUGAACUACAAGGCGACGCGAAGGCCAAGAAACACUCCACCACCUCCGAAGCACUCGGUAUCGGCGCAGCGAUGAACGCGAAAUCCGUCGUCCUCACGCAUUUCAGCCAGCGCUACCAAAAGAUCCCCGUCCUUCAAACCGUCACGGAUGGCGAGGAAGCAGACCCACUACUCAACCCCAAAGAAAUCGCCGAAGACGUGCCCAUGGAAGACGACGACGCCGAAGUCGACCCCACCACCGAAAACGCAGAUAACAUGGACAUGCACCCCUCCAUCCCCUCUUCCACAGCCCCUGCUCCCGGCCCAGCUAAACCCAUACCCUCUCUCCCCAAGGAAGCCUCGUCCUCGCUCCAGGAAAACGCCCGCGUCAUCAAGGUGCGCAACAAGGAUAUGAAGGUCGCUAUUGCAUUCGACUAUAUGCGCGUCAAGAUUGGCGAGAUCUGCGAGAUGGAGAACUUUAAUGAUGCGCUCAAUGAGUUGCUGGUUAAGGAUGAGGAUACGGAUGCGGCGUUGGAGCCGGCGGCGAAUGGGAAGGGGAAUGGGAAGAGGGCGAGUGAGGAUGAUGGGGAGGGGAAGGGCGGGAAAGGGAAGAAGGCGAAGAAGGCGAAGGAGAAGAGUAAGAGGAAUAACUGA